ACACAAUUUCCCUUGUACUGGUUGUGCGAUAGUUCCGCCUUUGGAAUGUUGACGUUUGAUCGAUCUCCAUCGAUGAUGCGCUGAGCUAAACCGGAUGUCCUAUUCCUAGUUCACAGUAACGAAGGUUUAUACUAGCUGUCGAUUUCCAGGAAUCUGCUUAUAAAUACGUAUAGCGCCUACCGCUACUGCGUAGUUGUUUUGCCAAAUGUUCACAGAUACGGCGAGGUUCUCAACUCAAGGAAUACGUAACGUACGUUUAGAACUGAAACAGUUUUGGUGCUGCAACAUAUGUGACUCUAUUCUACAAACGGGCUCAGCACAAACCAACAAGGGAAAAAUCACAGAGCCCAAUUUCUGAACUACUCACAAGGGCAUGAAGAGAACAUGAAAACCUGAAGAAGAACCAACAAUUCUCUUCAUUUUCUUGAUUAUUUGUGUGUAGUCACAAAAUUAUCACAAGGCCGUCGACGCCAAAAUCUUUCCCUCGAACAGUAGUUUGACCGAGAAAGAGACGUGUUCGAAAAGUUUGGACUGUGUCACCAUGGCAACCGCGCCAGACGUGCAACACCCGCCCUCAGGCAAGAGCAAAAAGAGCAAGAAGAAUCGCAGCCACAGCGUGCCGUCAGAUCACAAGACAGUCAACAACGCAGGGAUGGGCGGGGCGGUGGGCGGAGCUCCCGCUCCCGUGCCCACAAGACAGUUGGAGUUCAAUCAAGCCAUGGCCGAUUUCAAGACGAUGUUUCCAUCCAUGGACCGAGACGUCAUAGAGACAGUACUGAGAGCAAACAACGGAGCGGUGGAUGCAACCAUAGACCAACUGCUUACCCUCAAUGCAGACAUGCCAGAAGCCCCUCAAGCACCACAACAACCGCAACUGCCUCAAUACAGCGAUACAGUGAACAACAGCUUUAGCAGUCCACCAGCGGGAAUGGUACCCGUCACACCGGUGUCCAGAGGGAGUAUCAUGCUAGGGGACCAGCCCCCGCCGUACUCCCCACCCGCGCCUAACAGCCCCUUCUCACAGGAUAUGCGCGCCAGACAGCUCCCACCGACCCCUAACCAACGUGGGGCCCUCCCUUCCGCUCCCCAGUCCACCCCAUCCCCAGUCUUCUCCACUACCACCAUGGCCAGCCCCCAUCAACCAGAGCCCCGUCAGCCCAUCGGGCUGGCCCCUGCUCAACCCACCAUCGCCACCACGCCCCUCACCAGGCGCAACCACCCACGAUGGAACCCACCGCUGCUUGGAGACCUACCCGCUGAUUUCCUGAGGGUGGUUAGUCCUGGUAUAAAUCGACAGAGAUCCAGGAGCCAGCCGAUGGUAUCCAUUAAACUUCAGGAGCGCAUGGCGCGUAACGUCCAGCAGCAGAGCAGCGUGGACGCCAACGAUGUCGAGAUGCAGCAGAUGCUUGAGGACGAGAGAUUCGCCCUGACGCUGCAGAACGAGGAAUUUCUGCGGGAACUACAACACAACCCAGAGUUCAUCGCAGCGUUAGACAGAGAUUACAACCAGGCCAACACAGCAGCAUCCGGUACCCCAGGCACAACCCAUACCCCCACCACCCACACGACCACCCACAGCAACCAAGCCACACCCCAUCAGGGUGCCGCAAGCCCCCUACCCCCAGGGGAGGGCGGCACCAUGGCAGCAGGAGGCGUGUCGACCGACGACGUGGAAUUCAGGAACAAGCUGACGCACAUGGGCAAGACAACAAGAUUCAAGUUUGCCCAGAUGGCCAAAAAGUUCAACUACAGGAAGAAGCGAUCCUCAUCCAAGCCACAACUAGAGACGGCGCCAGCAUCCUCCACGAUGAACCUGCUGGAUGAUUACGAUGAGAGUGGAGACUCCGCCCUACUUGGCACCAGGGCAGAAGUGGAGGAGAAUUUCUACAGCGACUCGCAUAAGCAUAAGAAUCCAAAGAAGAGUCAUCAUCGCGACCUGGAAGAGCCCAUAAUCUUCUACCAAGAGGACAAUGAGUUUGCCCUGCAUCUGGAGAUUUAGUUUCUUCCGAUUUGUGGCCCAAGCGGGGCUCCGUGUAUUCACGCGCUCGCAUGCUGUCCUAGUCGGGUGUAAAUAGUUGCCAUACGUUGUCAUGGUUUCACCAGCGACUGGAAGACUAAACUCAAAGGAUGAUCAUGCAACAGUUCUAAUUUUGUCGUCAGUGAAGUACCAAGUCCAAGCGGUGUGACUACAAGAAUCAGGACUAAAAGUUGACGAGGCCAGAUCAUACUCAGACGCAAAUAUGUAAUGUGACUGUGUGGUUUCAGAACAAGUGCAAAUUAGUAAUGGAUGAAAAAAAAUUCAGCUCAGGCAAAGUUUGCCACAAAUGUUUCACAUUUAUGUGAAGUAUAAACUCUUUUUUCCCAAGUUUGGCACCAGAAUGUGACACCAGAAAUAAGCCUGAGACCUAAUGACGUCACACUUUGUUUACACGUGCGCUUUUCUAUGUGGUAUACUGUCCCUACUUCGUCUGGCGUCCCGACUUCGCUCCCAUAGGUAAGCGCAUGUAAACAAAGCCAUUAUGUUAUUAGGUCUCAGGUCUAUUUGACACCAUUAAUUUGUAAAUAUCAAUUUUUUUUUGCAAUUUACAAAAACCCUGUGUCAUAUCUAAACCUGUGCUUUAUUGUCGGGGCUUGUCAUGAUAUUCUGUUUUCAUACCACAAUGAAUUUUUUGUCUGUACGAAAAUUUCAAAUUAAGUACCCAACUCUUUCAGAGUCAUUUAUAAUGUAUAUUCAUGUUGGUUCUCCAUUCUUUUGUGGUAUUUUAUAACAACUACAUGUAACUGUCAUUACAAUUGUGAUUUGUAACAGCUGAAUUUCCUUCACGCCUCAAGAAAUUUUCUAGUUUGAUCAAAUUAUCAGGUUGUCUGACUUUUUAAGAGCCCAAUUUCAGAGUGUAAAAGAGGGUCAGCCCAAUUCCAUGAAGCUCGUAUAGCAGAGAAAACUGGCUAAGUAGAUUGAUUUGCUCAGCCAAAGGAAGUUGGAGAACCAGUCAAAAGCCAUAACACAUUAUAUGAUUUGUUGGCCGGUAAAGUGUUUUUGUUAAGCAGAUAUGUUUUCUGCUUAAGCAAAAUUUUGUAAUGGCUGAAAAUCGGGCCCUGGUUGAAACGUAAAUGAAUGCACCUAGAGUCAACUGAACAAUGAGAUGGCAAUGAACAGUGAGUUAAUCGAUAACGAUCGCAAUGUUCAGUGCAUUAAUCAGGCAAAGAAUUUCUGAUUUGCAGGCUGCCUGAAGAUACAACUACACUGGGUACAUGUAGUGGUCAACUUGUUAGUACCUGAAUUAAUGCCAAAUUAAAACAGAAUUUAAUCUACGAUCCACAAUUCUUAAUUCUUUCAUUGAUUGGAUAUAAUACUUAUAUGACCAACAGGCUGCACAAUAUCUACCUUCCUUCCUUUCUGGAGAUUAUAUACCUCCAUUUUUGUCUUCCCUUUGCCCAAAACCCACCUUUCCUUAG